UAAAUAUUCCUCAAUCUAUUUGAGAUGGGUUCUUUAGAGAGCUUAAAACCUGUUGCAGCAAUGGUGGGGUUGAACUUUGGAUAUGCAAUUAUGAACAUCAUGACUAGAUCUGCUUUAACUGGUGGGAUGAGUUCUUAUGUUUUUGCAGCUUAUAGGCAACAAGUGGCUGCUAUAACUGUCGCCCCAUUUGCAUUUUUUCUUGAAAGGAAGGAGAGACCACCUCUGACUCUUCCUGUUUUUGGCCGAAUUUUUAUGCUUUCUUUUAUUGGGGUCUUAAUGAAUCAGACGUUUUAUUUCAAAGGCUUGUACCUUGCUUCUUCAACAUUGGCUGGUGCAAUGGAAAAUUUGAUACCUGCUCUGACUUUUCUGAUAGCUAUUAUUCUUGGAUUGGAGAAGGUGAACAUGAGAUCUAUACGAGGUGAAGCAAAAUUGUUAGGUACGUUAAUAUGUGUUAUUGGAGCAUUGGUUAUGACCCUGUACAAGGGUCCAUUAAUAGAAAAGCACUGGCCUAGAAGCUUGCAUGUUGGUGGAAAUCAUUUUGUAAUAGAAGAUUGGCAGAUGGGUUGUCUUUACCUUUUUGGAAGUUGCAUAUGUUGGUCUGCUUGGAUUAUUAUGCAGGUUUCAACAAUAAAAAAAUACCCAGCUCAGUUAUCCCUCUCUGCUAUGCUUUGCUUCUUUGGGGCAGUGCAGUGUACUGUGGUAGCUUCUAUUAUUGAUCCAGAUUUGAAGACUUGGACUAUAGGAAGUAACAUUGAACUUCUUUCUGUCCUAUUUUCAGGGAUUGUGUGUUCAGGGAUUGCUUUUUGUGUUCAGACAUGGUGUAUUUCCAAAAGGGGCCCUGUGUUUGUGGCAACGUUCACUCCAUUGUUGACAGUGAUUGUGGCAGCCAUGGCUACCAUCAUUCUUCAUGAGAAAGUUCAUGCAGGAAGUGUGGUUGGUUCAGUUCUAAUAAUUGGAGGCCUGUAUGCUGUACUCUGGGGCAAAUCAAAAGACACUGUAUUAAAUGAGGACCAGUUAACCGCAAUGGGGGUAGCAAAAGGCUUAUCAGACUCAAUCCAAGGCACAAAAUCUCCAGACUUGAGUAUUGAUAUCACAGAACCUUUGUUAGCAAAGGAAGCCUCCAAGGAUCUGAUGCUUAGAAGAGAUGGAAAGUAGACCUGAUUUUUUCAAGCAUUGGAAUAAGUUGGACAUAUGAAGUCCACCUGGAGAGAGUAAUUUUUACUAACUCCAAUUCAAUAAUUCCAUAUACAAGUGCUCAGCUGUCCAGAGGAGGACUAGGAUUAAACUAAAGCCCUUCUAUCCUUAAGACAUUAAGUUAGCAAUUUUGCACAACUUUAUGGUAGUGAGUUGAUGAAGGAAGGUAGAUCAAAUUAAUCUA